UCAAAUAAAACACUACACCCCUGCAGAAAACUUUACAAAUGCGUUUAUCGCCAAAACAAACAUGUUGUGUAAAAACGGAAUAGUCAGUUUUAUAGUUGAUAGCAAACCAUUCCAAUGUAUUCGCGGUGGACUCCUGUGAUAUUAGCCGCCCAUAUUCAAAUGGUCAUGUCAACCAGAUUAAUAUGUCGCUCAACCCACCGCGACGAAAAAAUCCAGUCCGGCCCUGUAUCCUACCGCACAAAUACUUGUAACGCAGCUUUCGAGAAAUGUUGCUCUGACGGAUGUUGCUCCAUUCUAUCAGAGAUCCCCUGGUAUGUAUGGGCGAUUUUAGUAAUGGCGGCCGUCGUUGUAUUCCUCGUACUGUGCAUAAUCUUUUUUUACUUAAAUAUAUUUCUGGAAGUGAUGAAAAUGCGUCGUCAGAGAAACGCCGCUCCUGUUAACCAAAUUUGUACGAUUUCCAGCAGCCAAAAAUGCGAACGACCCCCUGCUUACAGUGUCGCUAUAAAUUUGCCUCUGCCACAACAAAAUUUGGAUCAAGUGCCCACGUAUGAGGAGGCGACUGGAAAAAAAAUAAUUGGGGGGGAUUAAGAUUCGGCCAGAAAACUCUGCUUGUAAAUAUAAUUAGUAUAAAAAUAUACAUGAAGGUACAUAACGACAAUAAAAUAAUAUCAUUCCAUAAAAACAA